AUGGCUUCGGUAUCGUUGAACGACCUCGUCGCAGCCCUGCACGCAACCUUCGCGCAUGCCGAUGCACCACAAGCCCUUCCUGACGAACUGGCACGCAUCCUCGCGCAAUACGCCGCCAAAGCGAGAAAGGAAGGGGAUGGCCUACACGAAGAAUUGCAAGCCGUCUUCCGCAAUCAUGUCCAAGCCCAUGCGAACAGGCUGCCGGCCUUCGUCUCUGUCCUCAAAGCCCUACGCCCUGCCAUAGUCAACGAGGAUCACCUUGCUAUCUGGUUCCAGAGUGCCGCCAUACCCUUUGUCGAUCUACCCGCCACGAGCCGCUCCGCCGCGUCGGACGCCCAGGACUUUGUCCUCGACUCGCUCUGCUACGACAACGACUCUCAAGAUGCUCGCGACAAAGCUCGUGCUGCGAACCGUCUCAGCCACAUACUGCUCGAUGCCCUGAUCGCCCGUACAACCGCUCUCCCGGACAAUUCACCUGUUCACACCCAGGACCACGCCGCCCGCCAGCUUCAAUCUAUGCUGAUAGCUUUUGCUCGCAAAAAUCCACGCGACUUCUUCGUCUCGAUCGACCACUCCCUCUUGAAGCCCGAGACUCGUCUGCAAGCUCUCGAUCUGCUCGCAGCCUUCCUGGAACAACAGCAUGCCCAUCUGUACUUGGUCCUUGACACAACUGUAGUCGAGCAUCUCCUCAAAUGUCUCAUGAACGACACCGCUACCGUCGUCGUCUCCGCCGCUCUCAAAUGUCUCAUCAUGCUACUUCCACACAUUCCCGCUACCGUGGCUUCUCAGCUUCCGAGGUUGUUCUUGGUCUACAGUCGCUGCCUCUGCUGGGAAAAAUUUAGUGCUUCGAGCACCAAAGCGCAGCGCGAUCUUGUUACCGACGAUCGCGUUCGCCGUGAAUCUGACUCUGACGCUGAUACCGACUAUGAGGAUGGAUCCGAUCCCACCUGGCAAACUCUGCGUGCUUUGCCCGACAUGCCUGAAUCUUCGGCUCCUGAGCUUUUGCACUACUUUACAUAUCUUUAUGGCCUGUAUCCCCUCAAUUUCAUGAGCUAUGUCAGAAAGCCUCGGAAAUAUCUCAAAAACAUCGAUUUUCCUGGUGCCGAUGAAUUCGAUCUUGAUCAAACCGUCAUCAGGAGCCGUACUGAGCAGUUUCAGCGUGUUCACUUCCUACAUCCAAGCUUUUUCGCGACCACGGUUGAAGAAGAGCUGAGCGAGAACCGCUGGCUCAAAGCAGAGCCUUCCGAAGUCAUUGCAGAGUGCCAUGGUCUUUAUGCUGGCGAGCACCCCAUGUUCAAGAGUCCCGCUCCUCCUCCAUCUACAAAACUACCAGCUGUUCCGAGCUUCUUGGCGUCAAGUUUGAAACCACCACACCCAGACAGCCCCACCUUGCCUCAUCAUCCUGAGGAGAGCCCAGUAGAAUCCGCAGUCGACCCAACGUCCUCCAAAGAUCUCUCGUAUCUGCAAAGAGAGCUGAUGCUACUACGAAACGAACUCACGUUCGAGCGUUACCUCAAGCAACAGCACGUGGCCGCUAUUGGCCAGCUCAAACGCAACCACAUAAAGGCUGUCACGUUGAGCGAUUCAAACAAAUUCAAUGAGAAGAUGCAAAAGGAGACACAGGCUCGCAGGAACCACACAAAGCAAAGUGAGGAGCAACUCAUGGCAAAGAUUCGUGCUCUGAAGUCGGAGCUUGCGGACCAAGAGACUCUGCAACUCCGUCUCACCCAGGUCUCCAAAGACUGCGACCAACUCCGUCUACUUCUUGUCGAGAGUGAAUCACGCGAAUCAAACAAGCAAGAGGGAUUUGAAGCUCUUGAGGCACGCCUGAAGAACCAAGAGGCGGUGGACCAGCAAACUUCUGAUCUGCAAAAGGAGCUUCGUAACUAUCGUGACCAAAAUCUUGCGCUUGAAUCAAUUCGUGUAGAACACGAGCUAGCUAAACAAGAGCUAGACAGCACAAAAUUCAUAUUGCAGCGUCGCGAGCAAGAGCUUGAAAGAUUAAAAACUGCUUACGAGGCCAAAAUGCAAGAGUACGACUUACGGCUCAAAGAAGUCACGGAGAGUUCAUCAGCUGCAGGGCAGCCAAUUCAUGCCAUUCCUGUGCAUCUACACGAUCAACUCUCGGAAAGUCGCUUACGACUCGCCCAAAGUAAAGCAGCUUACAGUCAGCUUCUGGAAGAGUACACAGACUUGCGCGAAUCGAAAGGUAGUGCAGACGCAGCUUACCCUUUACCCAGCCACUCUGGUAAAUUCGGAUACAUGAACCAGGAAGGUAGUGUCAGAAGCUAUGCUCCAGCAUACUAUACCGACCGUGGAAAUCAGUUCGACUUGUUCGCGCCACACAUGGAAUUCGGGCGGACUGCCUCACCAGUUUCUUCGCUAAAUCAGAGCUAUCCACCCCAACGUCCAUUGCGCCCUGAGGCAUAUUCACAAAGAAUUCGCAACGCCCACCCGAUGUCUCGAGCGCAAAGCAUCCAUUACAGCGAGCACGCACUCCACCCGGGUGCGGCUCGCUCAAUGUUUGGGUCUGAUCAGAGCUCACCACCUCCCUCAUCCUUGAGCCAAGAAGGCAACAGAAGCGUCUUCAGUUUCAACUCGGAAGUGUCGGAAGAGCCCGGGAAAGAAAGUGGCAAGCCCAAACCGGAGGUUCGCAUGUAUGGACGUGGUAAGUCUCGAUAUUCCGAAUACAAUAUUGAUUAG